AUGAACAAGUUUUUGGUUUUCGCAAGUGUUCUGGUUUGCGCCUCCGCAGACAUUGGACUUAAGCUUAGGGAGGGCAACCCGAGUGGAAGUUACUUACCUGGUGCUCCUCAAACCUACGGAUCCGGAUCCAACUCGUUCGGAGCGUACAGCAAUGGACCUCAGCAGCAUUACGCUCCAGGUGGAUUCUCCGGAUCUUAUCAAGGAGUAGGUCCACAAGGAUACGGAGGACAAAUCUCUUACGGUUCUGCCCCGCAAUACUCUGUGCAACAGAACUUCGCCGGAAUCCCACAAGCCGUCCAACACCACAAGUCUUUCUUCUUCGACGCUCCAGAGGAUUUGGGCACCACUCACGUUCGCGUUCACGUGCAACCGUCCGCCGCCGCCGGUGACAAGACCAUCUACAUCAGGGCCCCAGCCUACAACUCGAAGAUCGUGCCACACUUCAACAUCGCUCAACAGCAACAAUCUGCUGGCAAGACCAAGGUCUACGUUUUGGUGAAGAAACCAGAAGAGCAACAGGACAUCGUCGUCCCAGCCGCCGCUCAAGGACCAGCCGCCAAACCAGAGGUCGUCUUCGUUAAAUACAGCAACCAGAAGGAGGCCGAGCAGAAGAUCAGGGACAUCCAAGAAGGUGCUUCCAGCGGAGACAGCGCUAAAGUAGUUUUCAACCAUCGCGAAUUGGUCAGCUCCAUCAAGGACGAGCCAGCUCAUCAACACGGCAUCUCGUUCGGAGGUCCAGGCGCCAUCAUCGGUGGACCAAGCGGUGUCCACUCCGCCGUCAUCGGUGGUUCUGCUGGUCCAAGUCACUCUUCCGGAGAAUCCAUCGGCAACGUGUCCGGCGGUGAAACUCACUACGGCCCAGCCGGCGAAAGUGGUCCAUACUAA